CGGGGAAAUAUAAAUGCAGAAACAACGUAGUUGCUUUGUAGGUAUUGAAAGUUGCGCAAAAAGGGGUGUGCGGAGAGCUUACGGAGCCGAAGGAUCCUGGGGACAAUUUUGCAGCUGUUCUACGAUUCACUGGCUGUCUCCUCCGGAUCGUCCGAGAGUCAUUUUAUUUUAUUUUAUUUCAUCUCCUUUGGUAUUUGUGCUCCUUUUCCGGCGUCUCCUCCCAUCCGACAGCAAUGAGGCAGGCUGUCCUGUUUAGCGCUGCUUUCUUACUCUGUAUCUCCCUGGUGAGUAGCUCUUGCUUAGCCACCUCUUUCUCUUCCGCUUAGGCAAGUGAAAUGUGCGCGCAACGCUGUUGACGAUGACAACAGGCAGGGGUGACCGACCACCAGGCAGCGAGAAUCAUUUGGGGAGGGGGUGUUUCAUCAAAUGCUAGCGAGCUCUCGCUAAACUCUGGAUUCCAGUUCCUUGCUGGCCCCCCGGCCCCCUCUGCUGGCUCUCCCGGCGGAUCCCGGGCUCACCAACGUGACUGCACUGGCGGAGUCGCAUUUAUUCACACGCGUCCCGGCCGGUUGCGGUGGGGAUGGGGGUUGAUCCCCGGGUCCUGGGAGGUGUUCUGUGCCUCGAAGCGGUGCGGAAUCGAGCCGGUGUGUGAGAGACUUUCUAAUGCUUAAAUCUGGCGAGCCUGUCCAGAGUGGACGCGCUCAGGAAUAGAACCUUAUCGAGCAUUAAGGUGAGUUUUUUAAUUUCCGCCCCUGUGGACUCCUGGGAGCUGCAACUCCGCCGCCGCUUUAGCCCCGGUGCCUCUGUGGCGGGGCUGCUUUGAUGGUGGUGGCAGGGAUUUUAUUACGGAGAUUUAUUUGGGAUGGAGGGGACGGGCACGUUGGUAGGGGAGGCCGAGAAUGCCGGGACUCCGUGGCAUGUAGCGCCAUCUAGGAAACUAUUUUGGUGUGGCCUUUAAAAUAAAUACAUAGCAGGCGGCCAGGCGAAGGUUAAGAUCCGCGCGUCCCCAAAGAUCCCACAAGCGCCGCAAGCUGUAAGAGAGGAGGAGGGCCCUGAUCCGGAACUUCAGCGCCCCAACUUGCCCGCGGAGUGCUCCUCUCGGCCAGCUUCCGCCUUUCCUACCUCCCUGGGGUAGUUCAGUCGGUAGAGCAGUAGAUUUUUAAUCUCAGGGUCAUGGAUUUGAGCCCCCUGUUGGGCAAAAAGGAUCCCUGCAUUGCAGGGGGUUGGACUAGAUGACUCUGGUGGUCCCUUCCAGUUCCAGGAUUCCUCUCUCGUUGCAGGUGGCCUCCCGAUGCCCCGCAACGUGCCGAUGCCCCCCCGGCGGCCCGCCUCGCUGUCCCCCCGGAAUCAGCCUGGUGCUGGACGACUGCGGCUGCUGCCAAGUGUGCGCCCGGCAGCUCAACGAGGACUGCGACCAGCUCUCGCCCUGUGACCCCCACAAGGGCCUGGAGUGCAAUUUUGGGGCAGACCCCUUGGCAAAUCGGGGCAUCUGUUGGGGUAAGAGAGGCGAAAGGACGGAGCGGAGGAGGGCUUCGACCUUUCUAUAGCUGUUUGUUUGUGGUGCUGGCUGGAGUCAUGGUUUAUCAGUGAUCGUAAAAUGAUAACUUUUGAAAUCGUUUCGUAAACCUACCUUGCACUCUGAAAGAAACACAGUAUGCUGCUGCUGCUGCUGCUAUUAAAUAGAAUUUUUUUAUUUUAAGUUUCUAUCCGGUUUAUAUAUGCUUUAAAUGAAUGAAUCAAUUUAUUUCGGUCACUGAACAGAGUGCAUGAUUUCAAUAAAUACAAAACAAACUAUGCUUCCUGCUACUUAAUCCUGUUGAUGGUCAUCAUGAUAAUUUCAAUUGAGUGGUUUUGUGCUUGCUGAUUACCUUUUUUUUUUUUUGUAUUUUAUGUGAACUCUGCAAGAAAGUGCUUUGAAAUCAUUACUGUGAUUUUAAGUUGAUUUUGUACCCAGUGUGCUGGGUGUUGACCAGCAACCAACUAUAUUGGGCAGUGGCAUGUUAUGUACUAAACUGGCACCUAAUCACAAACUGGCACAUAAUUUAAUGAAGGAGGAAGGAGCAAGGGCUUCUCCUCCAGCCUAGUCAGGCACGUUCUCUGUUGGGGCUAGACUAGGAAAGGAUUUCCUGUUGAUGUACAUAUUCUGCUUUGGCAAUCAUAUCAGGGAUGACUGGUCCCCGUGUCCCAGGUGUGUUUUCUUUUAAGAGGAUCAAAGUCCGGAAGGGUUGGGCAGAGCCACCGUGAGGGCUGGUGAAGGUAAUUUGCAGAUGUAGCAAAAUACGUUGUCCAACCUCCCUCUAGUGACGGAUGUAGUUGUGGAAUCCAUCGUGGCAUUGCCAUGACGAUAGAAAGGUUAAUGGAAAUUGUGUGUGAAGAGGCACAAAACAUUGGGCAGGAGUCUGUGUGGAGAGACAGUUGCGCAAAUAUUUUUGUUCCUGAAGCAUUUUGAGAAAGCCAGUCUCUUGAUCAAGGGUUUCCUUCAGUGCUUCUUGGAAAAUUUGCUUGGGGCAACUUCUGUUGCCGGUCACCUAAGUAAGGCGAGAGUUGCCCCAAGCAAAAUAUUUGUGCAGCUUUUUCAUGCUUGUUUGUUCCUAUGACUGUUUUUUAUCCUCCCUCUCUCUGUGUGCGCUUGCUUUAAAAUGGCAUGAGCUCAGGAGUUGGAGAGAAGUGACUUUGUAAUCCAGCCUUCACCAAGCUAGUGCCCUCCAGAUGUUUUGAAGCACAGCUCCCAUCAACACCAGCUGUAGUCUAGAACAUCUGCCAGGUUGGAGAAGACUGGUGUGGCCUUGCAGGCACAUAAGGGGUGAAAGAGCUCUGAGGGCAGCUGGGCAACGAUGGGACUCUUGAGUUGUGGCUCCGCUUGGUGGAGGGUGAACCUCUGUUGCUCCCCUCCUCUGUCUUCUCUCGUGGAUGUGGUGAGCAUUUUUUUCAGGGUCAGCCAGCCACUCCCUCUUUCUUUCCCAGUGGGAUAGAAAACCAGAUUUGCAGACUAGGAGGAGGGGAGUUCCUUGGCAGUUUCUACACCAGGUAUUUUGCUCCCUUCUAGGUAGCAGGUUUAUGAUGCUCACACAAGAGCACACUUGCUUUUGGAAACAUUGAAGGUCCUAGUAGAUCUGUAUUAGCAUUCAUCUUGUGGCUCCACGUAUGCAAGCUACAUGUUACCUCUCUCUCUCUCUGAGCUGGGAGGCGAUGCUGGAGGGCAACACUGUUCCCAUGAGAAAGCAUGCUUUCCCCACUCCUUCCUCGAGACUACUUCAGUUCUGUACAUUUACCAGGGUCACGGUUGUGUCUGGGACCACCUGUUUCCCUGUAUGUCUGAGCACUGCCCCUUGCUGGAAAGUGUGAGAAGUAAGAUCUUCGUUCAGGAGCACACAUGCUAAGAAGAGAGCAAGGAGCAAGUGAAAAGUUGUCUAAAUAGUUGCAGGGGAGUAAGGUGAAGGGCACAUCUCUGUGGGCCAGGGGGAAGCACACUGCAUGUAGCAGGAGGCUCUCCAGGCGUGGCUCAGGCCUUUGCAACCCGAUCUCGUUCCAUGUGAGCUCUUUGCACCCUGUUUUCACAUGGCUAUUUAAAGCUCCAAACACUCUCUUCUUGUUGACAUGGCCCCUAAAAACCUAGUUCUGCAGAGGAGUGUAUUUCUCUUACUUACGACGCUGGCAGGUUAAGUCCUGCUCUGUUUUUCACAUCCACAGACUCCAGGGAUGAGGCUUGCUGUUAAGUAGCUCACUCCCAGGUUGGCCUGAAGUUGCGGAUGAGUAGAGGGAAGCAGGAAGUGAGGGAGUCCUCCCCCACCCUAUCACCUCUUGGCUAUUUUUAAACAUUAUCUGGUCUCCCAUCAUUGAUCUGUGGUAACCAUGGAUGCCAAUCCCUAACUAGACACCAGUUUAGGUGAAUGGAGGAUUUUGUGUUGCUGAGAUGAAUGUCAGGGACCAUUUGCCCUUUGGCACUUAUUUCAAAGGGUCUCUGAAACUGUUGCCCCCGUGCAAUUCCAUGAUGACUUCUUGAAACCGAUCCAGAUGCUGUAGCUGGGUCCUCUCUUACAGGGACCUUACAGUCAGCAUCACUUUUUCAUUUUUAAUCCAACUUCUGAAACUGAUUAACACAUACCUUUCUACCUCCUCAGCAAAGCAAGAAGGCCGGACCUGUGAAUACAACGGCCGCAUCUACCAGAACGGGGAGAAUUUCCAGCCCAGCUGCAAACACCAGUGCACUUGCAUCGACGGGGCUGUGGGUUGCCAGCCGCUCUGCCCGCUAGAGCUGCCCCUGGCCUCCCUGGGCUGCCCCAGCCCCAAACUCCUGAAGGUGCCUGGCCAGUGCUGCAAGAAGUUUGUGUGCAGCAAAGGACCCAAGAAGUAUGGAGGGGUCACCUUUGAGUACAAUGCCAAUGGCGACUCCAGUGACAACGAGCUCAUCUAUGUGGGCAAAGGCGGACACUGGAAAAACCUACCAGGUGAGGGCUGAAGGGUGCAGUCAGAGCUGUUGUGACUGGAGGAGCAGGAAUGUUAUUCAGCUUCUGCCUGUAUUUAUACCAAGAGGCUUGUGGCACCUUAAAGACCUAACACACCUGUUGUGGCAUAAGCUUUCAUGGACUACAGCAGGGAUGGGGAGGCUCAGGCCCCAGGGCUGAAUAAGCCCCGCCCUCACUCCAUUGGGAUUUUCCCUAGGCCACACCCCCUAUCCCCAGGCGACACCACUGCUUCGCUAACCUGGCUUUGCACGCUUCCUGAGUCUUCUUGGCAGGCUGUUGUAUGUCUCUGAAAAUGCCUCAAGCUUGCAUGGAUGGACCGAGAGGAGCAUGUAAGCAAGUCUAGAAACUAGUGUACUGUAUGAGUUAAAAUUUGCACUGAUUGCUCUGCUCCCUCGUGCCCCAUCCACCCCUGGCUUGUGAAUGCUUGAAGGUUGUCCAGAUGAGAAUGCAGCCUUCCUGCUAAUGCAUGAUGAGACUGGAGUCUACCUGAAAGGGUUUCUUUUGCAACAACAGACUAACAUGGCUGCUCCUUUGGAAAUCCUUAGAAUGGAAAGCAUCCCUUUAUAUUGGAUGUUUUCCAUCGUAUUAAGUCACUCUAAUGCUUGCAUAGGAAUAGAGAGUCUGCGUGGGGAUAGUCUUGGGCACUAUAUUUGUGGUUCUUGCUAAAUUUGGUGUGCAUCACAAUUUAAGCAAUUGCUUUGGGGACCUCAAUAUAGGUAGUUAUGAGGUGAUUUAUGGCUGUAGGGAUUCUCCGCCUCCCCAGCUUAAACCGUUAGGUACCUUUGGACCAAAAAAACCUGCUUUAUGAGCUGUGCAGCAGUGUGUUGCAUCUGCCCCAUGGGAAAUGGAGGAGCAAAGUAAGAUGAAGCUUCCAGCCAUUGCUAGUGAGACUGCAUCUGUCAGAGGCAUUCCCUUGCAGGAUGAUGUAUUGUAGGAUGUCAUACCAGGAUGUUUAUUAGCAGGCCGCAUUGCAAGGCUUAAGUCAUCUGCUUACUGUGUGGCAUUGCUCUUUGAUGACAAGCUGCUCCUUAAACCGCUUUGGGACACCAUCUCACCCAUGAAACCUCCUUGCGCUAUCAAUUUCUAGGUCCGUGUCUCACACAAGCUAGAGGUGAUGUAGCUACCUUCUCUUUUGACAGCAAUCUAGUGGCUUUGCUACUAACUCUCUAGUUGGAAUCCUGAAAUUUCCUCCUGCCUCCAAGUAUCUUGGUGUCUUCACUUCCUACUACCUGGGCCUCAUGCGGUCUGGGCACCAAGGCACUGAGGGACAGGUUGCACCUUGAGAAGAAGUGCAUAAGAUGCAGCUGGCCAAGUUUAUCACCCUUUUGCUCCAAGGGCGGGAAAUGGAAAGCUGGCACUGUGUUGCGUGGAAGCGACAUCUAAACAGGGUGGAGACACAGAACAUAAAUAGGGGUAAGAGUGGGAGUCGGCCUUUGCCCUUUCAGGAUCUAUAUCUGAUGCUCCCGAGGGGCAGGAAAUGUGAUCCUUCACUUGCAUUUGCUUUGGUUCCCAGUUGCUAUUUCGGCUAAGCAUGGCAGUGGCUGCAUAAGAGAGGGACCGAAAAGCAUUAAAUCUGUCUGAGAGGGAUCGUUCACACAAUCUCCUGUAUCACUCUUGCUCCCAAGUGAUGGUUGGUCGGAAUGCCACUACUCCUGCAUAUUUUGUUUUGUGGUUUCAUGGCGAAAGAGGAAUGCAGGCAUUUCCUUCCCAGAAGACAAGAGUUUGCACCUACUGGGAAUUUAUUCUACAGAGGCCAGUUUAGUCUAAAUGGAGUUGAUGGGUUCUCAGUUGCCAGAGUCCUGAACAGCCUCCACAUCCCCUCUCCACACCCUCUUCCCUCCAUUUCCCCCCUACAAACUCAUUUCCCAUGUGUCCUACCCAACAUGUGGCCUUGCCUCUUUCUGUAGUUGCCAUUUUGAAUGGUGUGGCUGCCAUGGAGGCUUACGAAGAAUCCUGCUGAGUCAUCUUGACUCAGCAUGAUGGCAGCUAGAUGCCUCUGGGAAGCUCAUCUACAGGACAAGGAGACAAUUGCCUUCUGCUGUUGUCCAUCAAUGCCUGCCUUCCGUUUGUGGAAGAUACAGGGACCCUGUGGCUCCCCAGGUGCUGCUGGAUUCCAACUUCCAUCAUUACCAGCCAGCAUGGCCAGUAGCUGGGGGUGAUUGGAAUUGUAGUCUAGUAACAUCCAGAGAACAGAACAGACGUGUUCCACAUCUCUUAAGGAACUUAAUCCCUUUCAAUCUCAUUUUAUGCUUGGCCAGUGGGUGUAGCUGCUGGCAGUACAUCGCUCACUGUUCCCUUUGGAUUCAGAAUGACAGUGCAGUAACUGGAAUUCCCUUCUCUUCCCCAGCAUGGAGGCCAUUCUUCCCAAGCCACGUGGCAAAGCAACAGCACAAGUGCUUGGCUCAGACUACGGACUGGUCGCCAUGCUCCAAGAGCUGCGGCUUCGGCAUCUCCACCCGCGUCACCAGCGACAACCCGAAGUGCAAACUGAUCAAAGAGACCCGGCUGUGUCAGAUCAGGCCUUGCGGGAAACCUGAUUUUUCCAAACUAAAGGUGAGGGUUGGGAAGGCGGGAAGAGGGCGAGCAGGUAAUAGGGGAGGGCACUGCUUACCACAGAAGCCCAGCAUCUGGGACACGAGAGCUGAGUCUCCCUGCACUUCCAACCGUUCAAAAUGGCAAGUUUUGGAGAAUGGGAGAGCCUAACAGGAGGGAUUAGGGCCCAAGAUGGUGAGAUGUUCUGCUCCAGGCUUACAUUACAGGAAUGGUGCCUGUGGGGCUAAGGGGUGUGUGUGCUUGUUUACUAGAAAGAAUAGCUCAGCUGGGUACAGCGUGGUGCUGAUAAUGCCAGGGUUGCAGGUUUGAUCCCCCAUAUGUGACAGCUGCAUAUUCCUGCAACUGUCCCAUAUUCCCUUCCAACUCUAUUAUUCUAUUCCAUGACUCUAGCUUCUCCAGCUGUAUGCUUUGUGUGCAUACAGCUUUCCUGGGCUGUAUUCUUUUGCACACAGUACAAAUACUUUCCUCUCCUCUUUUCAGAAGGGUAAGAAGUGCUUGCGGACACACAAAGUGCGGGAGCCCGUGAGGUUCAGCUACGCCGGCUGCAAGAGCCCACGCCGUUACCAGCCCAGCUACUGCGGGUCCUGCUUGGAUGGCCGCUGCUGUGUCCCUCUGCGCACUCGCACCCUGAGUGUGCCCUUCCAUUGCCCGGAUGGGAGCUCCUUCUCCAAGAACGUCAUGAUGAUCCACACUUGCCAGUGCAGCCCGGCUCAUUGCCCGCUCCUCAGCGAACCUGCCAUGGGGCCCCGGUACCAGCUCAAUGGGGAUAUUCACAAAUUCCUGGAGUGAUGGAGCCCGUUACCCUCGGGAACCGAGUUGACCCAUUUCCAGUGACUCUGGAUCACCCCUAUGGACUUGAGGCCCCUCUGCCUGAUGUCAGGAGAAAACAGGACAUCCUAAACCUGCCCUGCUUCCAUGAAUGCAAAUGCGACUAAAAUUAGGAAAGGCAACAUGGAUUUUGGAGGUGCACUAGUUUCUCAGUAUAUGGGUUGAUUACAUUGUGCUGUGCCUGGGAGUCUGGAGAUCUAGCGAUUUGAGGAAUGGAUCUCAUGUCGCUGGGUUCAAUCUCUCCAUUCAGCCCAGCCAGGCUCAGGCUGGAACUGGGCCUUGGGCAACAAAAUGGGAGAGUCAAACAAAGAGAUCUCCCCAUUGCAGCCACCUUUAGGGCUCCACAGUCCAUGCUUUUGGUCACAGUGCUGGAAGGAAGGAGGAAGCACAGCCCUCGCGCACUAGGGAUAGCUGUAAAUUCUCUGGUUUGAGUUGCCAAAUCCCAAGAUGGACAGCUCUGAUAUCCUUAAGGUCCUUUGACUGGAAAGAGCAGAGGAGGACGCAAGGCAGAUAACCCACAGCUGGACUGGAUUGGGGUGAGGGCAAGUCAGAUCUGCCCUGGAUGCCUCCCUAAGAUCCUAUGGUCCUUUUUAGAUUGAAAUCUGGCAAUGCAACUUCAAGACAGCCCCACAAAUAAUAAAUUAGGAUGAGUUUCGGUACAGAGUUCAAAUUAAUGGUCAGUAGAGGAGGGCAUGGUGGACUGGCGGUGCUCACUUGACCUCCAGGCAACUGAGUUGCUACUAUGGGUGGAGGGACAAGGCAGUGGGGAGGUCACCAUGAUGCAAACGCAGAGGCAGACCAGCACUCCUGGUGUGUUUGCACUGCGCUGACCUCCUCGCUGCCUCGCCCCUCCCAUUCCAGGUAAGCAGAAGCAACUCAGCUACCCAGAGGUCAGGUGAUUGCUGCCACUCUACCAUGCUGUCUGCUGCUGCUGCUGCUGUUGCUUUUUUAACCCUGUGAAUUAUUGAGAAAAUGGCCAAACAAGGGUUGACAGGGACCUGCUUCCCCUUCACUGCCUGCUGUUUGCACCUGUGCUUCUAAUUUCCUUCCUUGUCUGCCUCAGUUGGAAACCUUUGCUUCCCAGUCUGUCCUCCUUUGAACCGAAGGGCUGCCUUGCCUCCUGCUCACAGCACACCCUGGUGGUGAGAUGGUUUCCUGGAGAGAGAAACCUGUAGGCAAGGACAAUGCGGAAAGGGAAGGGCAUAUCCGUGCAUAUUUGGCUUCUUGCUCCAGUUUGUGCUGUUUCCCAGCUCAUCCUUCUGCAUGUUGUCAAACUGUUAUUCAAACUUGGAUUGGGGGGAAUAUUUUUUUAAAAAUUAAAAUGUGGGGAAAAUCAGAGUAAACACACACAUUGCAGACUGUAAACAGACCCCCCCCCCAAAAAAAGAGGGAGGGCUGAGAGUUGAAGGAGAUUUUCUGUUUUAUUUCAAAAACCAGCAGACCCUGUUUAUCCAGAUGUAAUGGUGGCAGAAGGGAAGCACUUUCUCAAAUCACUUUCUUCCUUUGAAAAUCAGCAUCUGCCUCCAGACUAAGACAUGUUGAUUUCCGGAACAGUCAUUUGUAAAAGGCAAUCCCCCAUUUGGGGAGACUCUCCUCUCCAGCAAUUCUAUCACACCAUGGCUAAGCUUAAAGAGCAUCUCCUCUUAGAUUUAUUGAAGCACUUUUAAAUAAUAAUAAUUAAUCAUGUUCCCUAUAUGUUCCUGGUGAGCAGCAACAGGGAUUGUCAGAGAAUAGGGGGGCAAUGUUGGAACAGAUAUUAAACUGUUAAGUCUUUCUUGUCCUGUUGAGGAAAACUAUAUUUAUGAGCGCAGCAAAGUAGGCUUUGCUACAAAUAAGGAGAUUUUAUUUUAUUUACCUUUUUUGCAUAAAUAUUAUAGCUUCAACGCUGGUUUGGAGUGUCGGCUAUUUAGCUUCAUAAUGAAGCCUUCCUUGCUUUGCAUCUUGUAAGCAGAGCUUUGAUUCCACUCUCCCUCUUGGAUCUUAAAAGUUGCUAGAAUGAAAUGUCUGUCAUUUCAUUCUGGUGUUUGUGCCUCUUUCUGUCGUCUUGGAGGUUUUGGUGUAGGAAAAUCAUGACACUGCCCUUGCAAAAGGGCUUGAUAUAAAAUGUUCAAGGGGUGUGUGAUAGGUAACUGAUGGGGUCUUAUGAACCUUGGUUGCUUUCCAUUUCUACAGCCAUCGCCCCUGAACUCCAUUCUUCCCAAUGUAGGAGGAAAUUGGAUUUGCAAAACCAGCAGGACCUGACCUUAGUUGGAACUGAGGGGUUCUUGUUGUUUUCAAAAUGUAUUCUUGGGCUCUCAGUUAUGAUUUUAAGGCUACAAUCCUAUGCACAUUUUCUUGAGAGUUUGGCUCACUGAACUGAUUGGGUCUUACUUCUAAGUAAACAUGCACAAGCCUUCUUCGUGAGAUACUAGUGACCAUAUUUAUCGCAUCCUCAUUAUUAGCAGCUGACAUUUAUUUAUUGUUUAAGUACCAGUUGUGCCAAAUGUCUUAAUGGUUUCUUUUUACAGGUGAACCAAUUUAGUAGAUAUGCGGAAUGCAGUAGGUUUUAUAUAGUUCGCCUUCAGUGUUACUUUAAACAGUCUCAGCCCACUGCCAUUCCACCAUUUUUACCAGACACUUCAAUGGAGCAAUAGAAGACUAUGCAUAUACAUAUUAACAUCUGACUAAGACUGAAUGGUGGGAGGCAGGGUUUCAAAUACUAUAGGGCAGAGGUUUUCAACCUUUUUGAGUCCACGGCUUCCUUGACCAACUACAUUCUUUCUGCGACUCCCCUGUGGGGCUCAGGAGCCCAGUUAUGUCACCCCUUGCCUGCAGAGCUGGCAGCCUCUCAUCCUUUUUCAAACACCUUCCCAUGUGGAGUGUUCCCUCAGCCUCCUCUCCCGUCUCCUUGGGAGUCCUCUGGGCAGCUGCUGCUGCUGUCCCUGGUCUCUGAGCGUCCCCCACUCCCCCAAAGAGAGGUGCCUCCCAGAGGCACCAUUUGCCUGUGGAGCUUAUAGCCUGGGCUGCUGCAACAAACAGCUGUGCAAGCCUUUGAGAGGCAGAGACACAAGAGGGCAUCAGAGAAGGGAAGGAAGGAAAGAGGGGCAGAGGCCAGUGUUGCCUACGGUACCCCUGACCAUCAAUCAAGGCACCCAGGGUGCCACGGCACACUGGUUGAAAACCACUGCUAUAGGGAAUCAACAUGAGCUGAUUUACAGUAAAUGGGAACAGUGGCGGAUCUUGGUGUCUCAAAUUUAAGCGGUCAGGAUCCACCCGCUCCCCACCUCUGGCGCCAUCGAACUGGUUGUGCUCUCCUAGAUCUGCUUUUGAUAGGAACGCUGAUCUGAAAACAUUCAAACCAAAUUCACCAAAGGUGAAUGCUAAAUGCUAUGCACUCCAAUAACCCUACAAGGAUAUAAAUACAAAACAUCAUGAAAAUCACCAGCAUACAACAUCCCCUGAAGAUAUUUGGAUUCUAGUAGGUCCCAAAAUGAAUAAGUUAGCAAUAUGUCAUUAUUUUGCAAGGGGGUGGAAUGAGAAAUAUGCCAUUAAUACUCAUGUUAACAGAAAGAUGGUAAGAUACAGAUGAUGCUAGCAUUGUUCUGCACUGGUUAAAUCUCAUUUUAAGGAUACAAAUGAACGCCAGAAGCUUCUAUACACAGAGUCAGACCACUUGGCCUUGUAUUUGCUAGCUGGACUGACACCAGCUGUCCUGGAUUUCAGAGAGGAGUUCAUAACUGUACAACAAGCUUCAAGACCUGGAAAGAGACUUACCUUGGGUCACAGUGCCUGUAGGGCAGGAGAGGGGAUCUUACAGCAGUGUGACUUUACUGCCAUCUAGAGGCCACCUUCUCUGUAAAAGCCAGGUUGGCUGCCUGAACCAGGCAUGGAAUGUGGUUUUUAGAGUAAGAGAUCAAAACCUCUUGCUUUUAGACCAGCUUUUACAAAUAGGAGAGGGGUAAAGUAAUUUAGCUAUGUCUCCUCAAACAAUGACAAUCCAAUUCUUGUCUUCUGGAAUUAGCAUAUUCAUUGACUAUGUCACACAAAAUCCGUGAGAAGUGUCACCUUUGGGGUUAUGGAUUUUCUGUUUUUAAAUGUUUAAAAAGAGGUAUCUUAUGGGGCCAGAACCAGCAACCAGAUCUCUAAAAGAUGUCAUGAAAAUACGCUAAUAAUAAUAAUGGUUCAUUGUAUCCACUGCAACACAAGUCCUUUGAAACUGGGGAUGGGACAGGACGGGGAUGGGGAUGGGUUAGGAAGGUAGAGUUUAUUUUCCCGGUUUCCAACAAUGGCUUGCUCCCUGCUCCAGCCUAGAAGUCUUUCCAUUAUGUUGUUGUACACCACCCUAAUCUCCCCGUGACACUUACCCAGGGUUCGGUUUCCUUGGAGUGUGGCACAGCGGAGGCUAUGGUGCAUAAUUGAUUUACACUUCUAUACAACCUAAGCCUACAAUGGAGGGGUUCACAGCAUUGACACCCCAAAAGGGUCUUGCCUCUCCCAUAGCCACAGCCUUGGACUGCAAGAGAAAUCAGGCGUCACUCUGACCCUCUCUUUUUUUUUUUUUUUAAUAAUUUUUAUUAAAGUUUAAAACAACAUAACACAAAAAAAGAACAGAAAAACUCACAUAAAAAUAAUACAAAACUUAACAAUAAAAACACAAAACACAACAAUUAAAAACAAACUCUCUUUUCCAUUUCCAAUUUUACGUGACUUAUUUUCUAGACUUCCUCAAACCUCCCUCCUUUGUAUUCCAGUCCACAUUGUUUGUUCAGCAAUUUCUUUUCCACUUUUUUUUUAAUCCCAAUCUUUAAUUUAAUAAAAUGUUAAAAUAUAUAACUUCAAUUUUUUUUUUAAACCUAGUCCUUGAUCUUAAUAUCAUAUAACUUUAAAGUUUUCCCUUUUAAUAUCAAAUUUCCAUAACUUUAACCUGUGCAGCUGGAAACCACUUGUUUUCAGUCCAACAUCACUCUAACAUUCCUUAAUUUUGCAGUGUUUCUGAAGAUAGUCUUUGAAUUUCUUCCAGUCUUCCUCCAUCGACUCUUCUCCCUGGUCACGGAUUCUACCAGUCAUUUCAGCCAGUUCCAUAUAGUCCAUAAGUUUCAUCUGCCAUUCCUCCAGCGUGGGAAGUUCUUGUGUCUUCCAAUACUUUGCGAUGAGUAUUCUUGCUGCUGUUGCUGACCCUCUGCCUUACCAGCCUGCUGCCUUGCUUCCAUCUUCCAACUCACAUAACUUCACUCUCAACUCUGACCCUCCUCUUUAACUUCCAGCCAGUGGAGGGAGGAGACCCACCCAUUUGCCCUCUGGUGCUGAGCCACUUCUGUUCCAUCGGUAGCCCAGUACCUAGUCUGUCACCUCACCAGGAAGCUAGCCUAGCUUUUCCAGGAAUUAGAAUCCUUGAUUAGAUUUCAACACUUGCAGGGGCCAGGGGUUAGAAGGGCCUCGGCAUACAGCCUACCUCCUCCAAAACUCUUAACGCUAUGCAACUUAGCAAACACAAGAGAGAGUGCCUAAGUCUGCAACAGCCAGCUGCUUCACUGCACUAUAUAAACUAUGCCACCGUUUCCCAAGCUGAAAACACAUAAAAUAAAUUGUGGGAUUUGGGACAGUUGCAAAUCAGUACUCAAAAUGGUAAUCAACAAUUCUGAGUGUUAUUGCCGUCCCUCAUCAAAAUCUCAAAGCUCUUUGGAUCAUUAAAGACUUCAGUCUGUGAGUGGAAAGAGGUUGCUGUUCAUUGAUCUCCCUUACUGGAGUGUAAUGGCUGGAGUAGAAGUGAAAUGAUCUGAUCCAGCCUGCAGAAGAGUGUACAGCUGAACACAUUGCCAAUUUGCCAGCUCUAUCUAUGCUGAUCCUUGGAGAGGCAGGUUGGAGAGGAGGCAGAGGUGGUGAUGAAUAGAUUGAGUCCAGUGUCCCUCUUCCCCACACAAAAAUUAGAGCCAGCAGGACUGGAGGAGCACUAACCAUGUCGCUGGGGGGAAUGGAUGUGUGUAUUUUUAAGCACAGCAGCACAUGCGCAACUUCCUGGUGCAUGCAGAAAUCUCUGAUUCAGGCCCUGGUGCCUGGUUAGGGUGGAGGGGUGGCACCUCCAUAUGGCCUAUAAAGAAUUAACCAGGUAUAGCAGCCAUAUGUAAUGAAUGUCUCUCUCCUUAUCCAUCAUUAUUGUGAUUUUUCUUAAAUAAUCAUUUUAGAGCUAUUUUCAUUGUGCAAAGUGCUUUCCAGUUCUUCUCCUCCUCUGCUGUUUCUCCCAAUUCAUCUAAUGAAUAGUGGGCUUUAUUUUAAAGAGAUCUAUGUAUUAAAAUGAAAAGGUUCAGUGGUUUUAUAUUUUGCAGAUACAUGCAUAUAUGGAAAUCUUUGUUUGGUUUUUAUAAAAUUAAACAAUUAUUACAUAACAC